GACUCGCGUGUGCUGGAUAAAUAAUGAAGCUGCGGGUAAGGAUCCCUCCUAUUUUGGGUAAUGUCAUGAGUCAAGAACAUCCGGUACAGGCUGCCUUAGUAAAGGGCUCUCAUGCCAUAAAGGCAUCCGAGGCACUUCCAGCCCAAACUCAGGCGAGUGUAGGCCCCCUGAACACUGUAAAGAUGGCGGACAAAAGCGUCUUGAAAAAAGAUGGCGCGGGCGGGCUGCCUUCUGCUUUCUUCUUCCCCAGAGGCGUCACCCCGCCCACUGGUCUCUCACUUCCUGUCGAUGACGUGGCCCCCUAAAACCCCUCCUCACUGGACUAAUGGUCAUCCGGAAGAGCCUACCUUUUCCCGUCUGAGAUGGCGGCCUCCACCCUGUGCGCCGCCGCCUUGUCAGAUGAGGACGAACAAUCCUUUGAUCGGGCCUUAGCGUGGCUUCGGGGUCCUGGGCCUCCGGGCUGCCCAGCCUCCUCCUCCAAAGCCCGGUCCAGCGAAGCUGAGAGCUCCGGAAAAGUUUCAGAGCGAAAGACCUGCAGCUUUGGGCGCCUGGGCCUGCUGCCCGGAGCCGGGAGGGGAGCCUGGUCGACCAAGUCUAACAGCUACGCAGUGGCCAAAGGUCCUUUUGUCUUCCCCGGCCUCCCUGUCCCCGCCUCGCCUCCCACCGCGGAUCCCGUCAUCCCAGCUGCUCACAGGGUCCCACUCCGGGACUCAGCGGGGCUGAGGGCUGCGAGCACGCGUGGGGUUGAGGCCUGCGGGACGGGGGCUGUGUGGUCCCCGGCUUGUGGCUGCUGGUGCUGGGAGGUCUUGGGGGUGCUACUGUGCGUCCAGAAACAUCCUUCUUGCGGCAGAGCCUUCGAUCUCUACUUGGCCCUGGACAAAUCUGCAAUCAUCGUUUCCAUGGUGGCAGCUAUUUCCGCCAUAAUAACGGCAACAGUCACCUCACAAAAUCAAGUGGCAACAGCAGCAACAAGCUAACCAGCUAACAAAAACCACCACCCAAGCCUUCAAAAA